GGUUGGUUAAUUCGUUACUUGGCUUGAGUUGGGACCUAAACGAAAGACAAAAAAGUUUGUACUGUAUGUAAGUACAAGAGUCAAACCGCGUAGGCAUAGACAAAAGGUACAUCUCCUUUUUCUUUUUGUUUUUGUGGAAACUUAACCACCAAGUCUACCCAACUAACUACACAGUUCUGUUUAACUAGUCACAAAGUAGAAAUUCAUUUCACACUCUGCAACACUUUGAAUUACAGAUUCAUCACAUAUAAUUCUUCUUUCUUCUUUAUCCCAUCCAUAAUUAGUUAAGUUUGAGUUUUGAGUAAUGAGCUUCUUGAGGCCAUCUGCGAUGUACAAUUUUUUGAUUACUUAUCCUUCAUCACGAUGGAUGCCAUGUCAGAGUUGGGGGUUCCUUCGAUGGCCAGGUCUUGAAGGUUUCUUAAGACUUCUCGUCGUUUUUCUUCUUUGGUCUACCUUCUCCCAUCUCUGCUAUAUACCUUCUUCUUCUAUGUACCCUACCCUUCAUGUUGGCGAUCGAAUCAUUAUCGAAAAGGCUUCAUAUUAUAUCAGGAGUCCUUCUAUACAUGAUAUUAUAACAUUUCGGGAUCCAACGCAGCACUCUGGAGAUAACACAGAUGUAAUUUUUAUUAAGAGAGUUGUUGCUAAAGAAGGAGACACUGUUGAGGUUCAUCAUGGAGGGCUCUAUGUCAAUGGUGUUGCUCAAGAGGAGGAUUUCGUGGUAGAGAAACCAACAUACACAACGAAAUUAACUUAUGUGCCGAAAGGCCAUGUUUAUGUGUUGGGGGAUAAUCGCAACAAUAGCUAUGAUUCCCAUAUAUGGGGACCACUUCCUAUGAAAAACAUAGUUGGAAGAUAUGCAAUGUGCUGUCACAGACCAACAAAUUGAGACUAUUAUAUAUGGUUGAGAUGUGGUGGAGGAACCAACCAGAGUUCUUUUUUUCUAUCAUCCGUUAACUCUUCAUGGGAAUUAGAUUCUCAUAUGCUUGCUCAUAGUGAUCACAGAAGCCUCCUUCUCCCGGAGUAUGCAACGAACCGAAAGAAAAAAUGACAUGUCAUUUCCAAAGGGCAUCUUGUAAUUUGAUAAAUGAAGCACAAGAUUUUCCAAGUGAUAUUUUUUAUGAAAAAAAUGCUAGAUGAUAAGUAUUAUUAUCAUCAUAGGAAUGUCAGAGAGACAAAUGUGUUGUUCUUGUUUUGAAUUUGUGGAUAUUCCAAGUCUUGUUCCUCACAUUUCUUAACUAUUCGUGUGAGAUUUACUUUGCAGAAUAACUAUUCUUUCUAAUCUUUAAACAUAAGAUAAGUAUAUGCCAUUACCUUAUUUUAAGUUCAA